UGGAGCUGGAGUCAAGUCACCUGAAUGAAGAAACGGAAGACUAUAGUUUAACAAAAGCGGGACAGAGGGUGAGAGCUGAAGUGAAAGAGAAGGAAAGAGAGAAAACAAGCUCCGGGUACUAAGUCCACGCGGUGACUGUCAACGUGAUAUCAACGUUUCUUUUCUUCUUUUUUCCUCCGCCGCUGUGACGGGAUUCUCGGGCUUACACACGCUUUUUAAAGUUUUUCUUUAGAGAAAAAGACAGGUUGGUGUGUAGACAGUUGUGUUGUCAGUUUGGUGUCCCGGUUUGGAGGCAGGCUGUACCGGGACAGACGCACACAUCUGUGAAAACAGAUACCCUGUCACAGCGACACAGAGGACGGAGCGUGUCACCAUGCCUGUGCGACAGAAAGAUGCUAAGCGAGCCCUGGAGCUUCUCCAGCAGUAUCGGGCCAAGCUUGACCAGAGACAGCAGAACCAGAGCCAGACCAAACAGGGCCAUAUUGAGGAAGAUUCUCAGCUGCAACAGUCUCUGGACAGAGUCAUCACUGUCUUCCAAAGUCAGCUCUUUAAUGCUCUGCUGGACAUUCAGGAAUGCUAUGAGUUGACCAUCCUUGCAGACAGCAAGUGUUCUGUGGACCAGACAGAUGGUCCAUGGAAACUCCCUGCCUCCUGUAACCUACCAACAGUGCUAUCAGCCCAGCCACAGCCCUCCUCUGGUCCCCUCAGCCCCCAGGCUUCUGGAGGGUGGUCCCAGCCAAAACCCCUGACCCCCAAACCUAAGUCAGUCAAGUCCCAUGCUGCUCCACUCCCAUCCGGGACACCCACAAGAAAGCCAUCUUCCCCUGCAACACAGUCCAUUACACCACAGUCACAGUCAGCCAAGGUGAAGUACCGCGCUCCCCCCCCUCCUGGCCAUCCUGGCCAUCCUGGAGCCUCCAAAUCAUUGUCAUCAGAGACUCCUAUGCCCUCCUCUCCCUCUGCUGCCACAUCCCCUGGAGUCACUGUGAAUAGUGCAGAAACCCCCACUGGUUCCAUAAAAACAUCUCCUGGAGCAUCCCUGAAUGGAACAAAGCCACGUCUUACCUCUACCAACUCUAAUGUUUCUUCAGAAAUCUCCACCACCUCCACCAAUCCACAAAACGAUUCUCUCUAUCCAGACCUCAACCUGGUGACUGUCUCGGCCCUCGUCUCCAGCAGCAUCCAAGGCUUUGUGGUUCCAACCACUCCAGACGAACCUACCACCACCAGCACCACUCCUAUCACCAGCCCAGUUCUAAACAGAGUCCCAGACGCUGUUGUAGUCUCUGCAGCUCUUGCGACCAGCAAGGACCCAGGCAUAGGCACUCCCAGCACAAGUCCAACUAUCCCCAACCAGGGAAAAUUCACCUUCAGCAGCCACAGCCCCACAGGUCCUCCAGGGCCCUUGACUAAACAUCUGAGUCCAACCAGCCCCGGGCCAGCAAAAGUCACUUCCACUAGCCCUAGCCAUGGUCCAGCCAGCCCCAGGCCAGCUACAAGCCCGCUAACCCCCAACAAGGUAGAAUCACCUGAGGUUCGCUUUGAGGACGAGGCGUGGCCUCAUCCAGGGGGAGAGAGGCUGAACGAAGUCCCAGCCCCGCCUUUCUCCUCUCUCUAUUCACACAGCCACGCCUACUACCAGGCCAACCCCCCUCCAGUGGUGGUCAACACAGACAGCGUCGACACCCCGCCAUAUGUCAAUGGAACAGAAGCAGACUAUGAGUAUGAGGAAAUCACGCUGGAGCGGGGAAACUCAGGUCUGGGGUUCAGUAUCGCAGGGGGGACUGAUAACCCUCACAUUGGAGAAGACCCCUCUAUCUUCAUCACCAAGAUUAUACCUGGAGGGGCCGCCGCCCAAAAUGGACGACUCAGGGUGAAUGACUGUAUAGUCCGGGUGAAUGAGACAGACGUCAGGGACGUGACACACAGCGGGGCUGUGGAGGCGCUGAAGGAGGCAGGAGGUCUGGUCCGACUGUGUAUACGACGCAGGAGGAGCCUCACUGAGAGAAUCCUGGAUAUCAAGCUGGUCAAAGGACCCAAAGGUUUAGGAUUCAGUAUAGCAGGUGGAGUUGGAAACCAACAUGUCCCGGGCGACAACAGUAUCUACGUGACUAAAGUCAUCGAGGGAGGGGCUGCACACAAAGAUGGACGGCUACAGAUAGGGGACAAACUUGUGGCUGUGAACGCCGCCUGUUUGGAGGAGGUGAGUCAUGAGGACGCAGUGGCUGCCCUGAAGUCCACUUCUGACGUUGUUUACCUCCGCGUGGCCAAACACGCCUCCCUUUUUAUCAAUGACAACUUCCCUCCACCCGACGUCACUAAUUCGUACUCCCCACAUCAAGACAACCAUAUAAGCCCCUACAUGAGCGGCAGCCAGUCUGUAAGCCCCGCCCCAUUGACCACGCCCAGAUACUCCCCAUUGCCCAGGGCCAUGACCGGAGACGACGACGUCAACAGGGAACCCAGGCGGCUUGUGCUCCAGCGGGGGUCCACAGGCCUCGGUUUUAACAUUGUUGGAGGGGAGGAUGGAGAGGGAAUCUUCAUCUCCUUUAUUCUCGCUGGAGGUCCAGCUGAUCUCUGUGGGGAGCUACAAAAGGGAGACCGCAUCCUGUCGGUGAACGGUGUGGACUUGUCCAGUGCAACACAUGAGCAGGCAGCAGCAGCUCUGAAGAACGCAGGACAGACUGUUACCAUAGUAGCGCAGUACAGACCUGAGGAGUACAGUCGUUUCGAGGCGAAGAUCCAUGACCUGAGGGAACAGAUGAUGACCAGCAGUGUCAGCUCCAGCUCCACGUCGCUCCGCUCCACACAGAAACGCACGCUUUACGUCAGAGCGUUGUUCGACUACGACGGAAGUGCGCCAGAUCUGAGCGCUCCCAAUCAGGCCCUGCCAUUUCAUUUCGGGGAUGUUCUCCAUGUGAGCAGUGCUGGCGAAGAGGAGUGGUGGCCCGCCCGUCACCUCAGCCCCCCGCCUCCAAACUGCCCUGAAGUCGGAGUCAUCCCCAGCCGCAGGAGGGCAGAGAAAAAGGAGAGGUCGAGGUUAAAGAUGGUCAGAGUGACGAGGUCUCAGGACAGAUCGGAUCAGGAUGAUAAAGAGCUGGUAACCUCUGGCACCAGCGAUAAUGAGAGUAGUUCCUCUGGCCAGGAGGAGACAUUACUCACCUACCAACCUGUCAUGCAACAGGAAGUUAGUUACACACGGCCAGUCAUCGUGCUUGGACCAAUGAAAGAUCGGAUCAACGAUGACCUCAUCUCCGAGUUCCCUGACAAGUUUGGCUCCUGUGUCCCACACACAACGCGGCCGCGGCGAGACUACGAGGUGGACGGCAGAGAUUACCACUUCAUGUCCUCCAGAGAGCUCAUGGAGCAAGAGAUCCAGGAACAUAAGUUCAUAGAGGCUGGACAGUAUAACAACCAUCUGUAUGGAACCAGCAUACAGUCGGUCAAAGUAGUCGCUGACAAGGGUAAACACUGCAUACUGGAUGUAUCAGGGAAUGCGAUAAAGCGUCUCCAGUUGGCAGGCCUCCAUCCCAUCGCUGUCUUUAUUAGACCAUGCAAUGUCGACAACAUCCUAGAGAUGAACAAGCGUUUCACUGAGGAGCAGGCGAGGAAGACCUUCGACAGAGCUGUCAAACUGGAGCAGGAGUUCACAGAGUUCUUCACUGCUAUCGUCCAGGGCUCGUCUCUAGAGGAAGUGUAUUCGCAGGUGAAGCAGAUCAUUGAGGAGCAGUCUGGUCCUUACAUCUGGGUGCCCACCAAGGACCGACUCUGAAUAAACACACACAUGCUACAUCAUCACACACGUCACUCUAACACUUCCUACAGCUCUUAUUUUCUAUUAUCAGCCUGCUUCCUCUCUCUCUCUCUCUCUCUCUCUCUCUCUCUCUCUCUCUCUCUCGUACACACACAUCACUACACACAAACACACACAUUUACACAAGCACAUAAAGAUGGACGAGGCUGGGACUAUCUGGGACUGCUACUUCCUGAAGUGGGAGAGGCUAAUGUCUGUCCAGCAGCCUAUUGGUAGAUCUUCCUACAGCUCAGUUCCUUAAUGUUUAAGGAGGGGGUUCAAAUCAAGGCGACAUGUACCCAUUAUCUAAUUUGAUUUCAUUAUUGUUCUUCUUAUUGUUGUUGUCGUUGUUGUUUUCAUAUUAACAAAGGGUAAUGCAUUCAUGUAUGGGUUUGUAAUGAUAAUAUUGUCACCAAGAGGCAGACUUUUGCACGCUGUAGCUUUAAGAGCAUGUUUUUGGGACAAAAUCUUGAUCUCCUUUCCAGUCUGUCUGUUUUUCCUCAUGGCAUUGCUACUGUUUAGUCUUUUUUCUAUCUUUCUCUCAUAUCCCAUCAUUUCCUCCUGCUUUCUCCUUUAGACUACAGACUUUAGAUAUGAGGGAAAAAACUUGAUAACGUGCCCCAGCAUUUUGGUACCAAGAGCCAAAAUAAACCUAUAGUACAAUAGACGUAACAAUAAAUCCUAAUGAGCAGUUUAGGAUUUCUUUGAUUGAGACUCUUGAUAUUUCUUGUAAAUUAGAUUUUGAACUUUAAAAUAGAUACUGUAAGUAUGACACUAAAGCCCUAAAAGGCAAGAUGAAAAAAAACUAUUUUUCUUCAACAAAAAAUUAAGUAAAAAGGCCUCAUAGUCCAUUUGGAGCCCUGGGCCUGUAUUUAUCACGUUUCUGAACAUUAUACUUAAGAACCUUAAUUUUAUUUGUGUGAAAUCUUUAAUAUCACCAGUAGCAAUUAGCAUGUGAAAUUUAAAACAAUCGUAUAUAUUUAUAAUGAAAUACAUGUACAAAUAUGGAUGAAAUAAUGGGCUAAAAUGGAAACUGGAGCAGGAAAGAAGCUUUGCUGUUGGUAGACGAGGUAUGCCAGAGAAAACAGAUAUUGAGGUGCGGGUAAUGAAGAUGCAUGGAAAGUGAUUGCAAACAAAAUCAAUGACGGCUUUAUUCUUGUUGUUUGCACCCUUAUAAACACAAGAAGCAAAGAGAAGAAAAAGUAGUGCAGUAAUCCUAUUAAAUGUUCAAAUAAAAACAUGCAAAUAAUAGUGUAAACAUUUUUUUAUUAGAACUAAACAUAUUGCUUAUAGCUGAAGUAUUGCCCAUCGUGACUAAUAAUAUGUUGUACAAUUCUUCCAAAAAACAUUUAAGAGGGUAAAAGUAAGACAUUUUAAGUCCAAUCUUUUAAUUCAAGCAGUUUGAUAAAUACAGGCCCAGAUCCUCUGUUAAAAAAAAAAAAAAACUUAUAUUACCCAAAUCUCUGCCAACCCUUCUCCUCCUCUUCCUCCUCUCCAUCUCAUGCUUUCAUCUCUCUCCUUCUCCACAGUCAUAGUGUGACAUUAGUUGAGCACUCCAGCAUUAAACAGUGUAUCUUCUUCUUCAUCAACACUAUCAUCACGAUCAUAAUUAUCAGCAUCUGCGUCAUAGCUUUCCUAUUUAAUGCAGUUGCACAAGUGGGGGCUGGUUUCUUAAAAUCUGAUCCCAUCUCUGUGUUUCUGGUGUUUGGACGUGUGAUACACUCACUGUACUUUCAGCCAUCAGUGGUUAUUAUGCUGGUUUGAAAGAGCUAACGAGGUCAGGGAACUCUUUAUAGUCACUUGCUGUAUGUCAUGCUAUUGUUGCGUGGUUGAAGACAUCAGGUGAACUCCUCUGGUUAACGAUACUGUCAUAGCCCACUGAUCAACUGCAUUAGCUAUUUUUGCAACAGGUUUUUUUUUUUCAUGCUGGAUUUACAACACCUGAAACUAGCUCCAUUUGUGACCAGUGCUCCAUGAUACAGGCACAUGGUGAACAAUCAAUGGGUUAUAUUUUGAGCCCUUAAUGGGUUGUAUCAUCAAAGGUGUUUUCAUGAUCGCACAGAUGUCUACAGUCUGCCCAGACAGAUCCAAUUUCUGAUUUUGAAGUUUCCUGCUUUAUAUAAGCGCCACAACAUGCAAAUUUAACAAAAUAAAUCUCAGUAUGCGCUGAAACCUAGCUUCUCUUCAUCUUUUAGAGCACUGCAGUUGUUUUUAUUGUCCUAAUCUUUUUUAUCAGUUUAAUUUACAUGUUGUGCUAAAUAGUUUGAGUAGCCUAAAUAGUGCUAGGAGCAGUGUUUUUAUAAGUGGAUCCCUGGUUUGUUUGUAUCAUGCAUGAGCAUGAGUAUAACCAGGGGCAACAUAAUUCACAUCUAGAUAGACAGUUGGUGGCAGGAUCAGAGUGUCACAGUCUAUGGAAAUAAACCAUUUACAUUUUGGUUUAGCCUCAAGCAUUUCUUUCCGGGCAGAUAGUAGACAUCCGUGACGUCACAAAAAUACCUUUGAAGGCGCAACCCUCUGCUAGGUAACAGGUAAACACAUUACAAUUUGGCUUUUCUCUUAAUGCUACUAUAAUAAAUAUUUUUAUAACUAUGUAUCAAAUGACAACAUGAAAACAAUGUGACAAAGAGAAUUAUCAGCUGAAUCUGCAGCUCUCAUCGGCUUUACAGUGAGUUUCAGAUCAUUGUUUAGCUGUCCGGCUGCAACUUUACUGCUUUGGUUCACUCUUACAGCACUCGUUUUGGUUGCUGCAGGCAGCUGUUUUUAGCGAAAUGGUUCUAAAAACUCAAUGUACACUACCUGCUCAGCACCAAACAGCAGACAGACGGUUGACAUCUAGCUGGUGAACAUAGUGGAGCAUUGAGCAGCUAAAGAGUCAGAUAUUUCCCUCUGGAGUCGGUGGCUAAAAGAGAGUGAAGUCACAAAUGGGGCUUACCUGAAACAUGACAAUAACCUCCGCGGUUAAGCGUAACAUUUGAAAUACCGAGAUGCUUUUGGUAACACAGCCCGUGUAUGGACCGGCCACCCACUUCCCAUCUCCACCCUCAACCCCCCAGGGCGACUCCUCCAAACUGAGACGUACAGAAAUACAGUUCUGUCAACAAAGUAGCUCUUUGACCCAAAUAAUAGAUAGUUGCGACCACAUGUGUGUGUUAAAAGCUUUAAUAUUUCUUCACAGAAUGUCCAGUUAAAUGAAUUAUUUCCAUCUAUAAUCCUCUAUCACUCCAGUAAACCAGUGGUGUUGUCAGUUGACAGAACUGGAUUCUCUGUGUGACUCUGGCUGUGUGUUUUAGCCAGGGGACCAUGUCACUGUCUGUUAGAGUAAAGCACCGAUGCAAAGAAUCUAUUACAGAGAUGGAUCUAUAUCUAACAUAUUAUAAUAUUUAUCCCUGCUCUAACUGCCUAUUUUGGUACAAAAAAAAAUAAAAGUCUUUAUUAAGAUUUACUGAAAUCCCUCGACCGAUGACGGGAGAUGCUUAUUCUGUUUUGUGUUGUGGAAUGUGUAUGAAUGUGACUAUGAUAUAAUAACUGUAAAUAUGAAUAUAUUUUCCUCCACUUUAACUUCUAAUGCAGGUUUGUAGUGGUCUCUAUUAAUGUCUAAUGUGGUUCCGUUGAGCAGAGCACACCCAGCUUCUUGGCUGGGAAGGUGAAGCAUCUGCUGACUCUAAUGAUGUUCAAUGUCUUAGAGUAGCAUGCUUACAUUUGCUAAUUGAUUAGCACUCAACACAAAGUACAGCUGAGGGUGCAGGAAUUUGGUCAUAAACCAAAGUAUUGGACAAACAUAUGUUGACCUGAUGGUGGCAUAGAGGAAAAGUCAGAGCAUCACCAAAGUUACGGAACAUGAAUGCCUGUACUAAAUUUCUUGGAAAUCCAUCUGAUAUUUUGAUAUGUCUGCCUGGACCACAAUGGUAGACCAAUUAGACGACAUCUCCAUUCCUGGAGCCGAACCUGCAGCACGGCCCAGUGGAACUACAACCAUGGUAAAACAUGAACAUAUUGUUUUGAUUCUAAGAAUGAUCUGUCAGUUUUUCUAAGCUUGAUAUUUGUAUUCACUUUCGGAAAAUCCUCAGCCACUAGAGGUCAAUAGCCUUUCACAACCUUAAAAGCAACACUAAUUCUGUGUACACUCUGUUUAAACAGCCUCAUAAACACUGGGCCAACAAGUGUCAGAUUUUCAAAAGUCUGUAUCCUUAUGUUUUUACCCACACAAAAACUCUCUCUCUCCCUCAUACCUAACUCUCACUCACAAUUGCUCUAGUUAAUCAGUUAGUGUCUGUGCAGCUGCAGAGCCAACAGUGUGUUGUUCAGUUUGUGUGAAAGAGGUCACACCUUACAGCCAUUAAGUGAAAAAGAAGACCUCAUGUUGGGCAUGUGCUGUACUGAAUCUCACUAAAAAACUAAAUGCUAGUGGAAUGAAAUAGUUUCAUUUGUUUUCUACUUAAAAAGUAAAAAACAUUCAAUACUUAGUUUUUCAUGAACACGACGUAUCAAUUGCAGCGCAUCAAAUUCAGUCAAACGUAUCAAUUGCAGUUAAUGGGUGUCCUGGAAAGAACUCUACUAUUUGGUAUUAAUUAUGAAGAAAAUAGGAAUGUUCUUGAAAUAAAAGUACCAUUCACACCAAA